AUGCGUUUAGUGUUUCCGACUUUGACGUUGCUGAUUCCGGUGCGUGUUUCACAGAUCUUCAACGGCAGCUACCUCAGCCCCAGGUUCACAAACCUUUCUGCCGCCUUGAACAGACAAGGAGCAAACACGAAAACCAACGUCAGGAGGAUGACCAAGCCGCAACGGGAAAGUUUCAAGCGAGCGCUAACAGAGUGGCGCGAGGGGAGAGCAAAGGCUCUGGACAGUCACGCCUUGUGCAUCCUCCCGGACAACGAGGUUGAGGAGCUGGUCAACAAGGUGCCAGUCACUCAGGAGGAGCUGCGCACCAUUGGGAGUUGGCGAGGCAUCCGAAAGCUCGCUAGGCAUGGCGUGUCCCUCGUGACCGCCAUCCACGCCUUCCUCGACAAGAACAGCCUCUGCCUGUCGGAGGAAUUCCCGUGA